AAAUGCUUCGCGUUGCUUCAAGAAUAAAGCAUAUUCGAAGGUAUGCGCAUUCAAACACACAAGGUCGGUCACAGUCAGGAUCCAGCAGCGCCAUCACUGAGCCAAAUCCCGACACCUUCAAGCCUUCUGAACGGAAAGUGAACUCUGACAGAUCUGAACCGCACUCGCAGGCGACGCCUUCAACACAUAUCCCUCCCAGAGCUAUCGUCAAAAGUCCCAGACUAGCUAGUAGUGCCACGCAAGAUGCAACCCAACCUCAACCACGGACACAUACUGCUCCUACAGGGCCUCUUACCAAAGAUCAGUUGCGUCAAACCCAAGGAACGGGUCAGCAACGAAAGCCAUUUGCCCGUAAAAGGCGCACGAAAAAAGGACCUGCUGAUGAAAUAUGGGCUAUAUUUCAGAAAGUGACCGGUGGGUCCGGCAAAUCUCCUCAAUCCCACGACAGAUCCACCCAGCCAGAGAGGUACCCCAAAUCGACUGCUGGCAAAAGCAAUUUUCAUCACGAACAGAACACAAAUAAUGUCCAUACCCAUCCCAUAACCAACUCAAAGGAAAUCCAACCAAAGCUCAACCUGACUGCCAUACAAAACCUUCGCAAAAAACUGCACUCAGAGAUAAUUCCUGCAAAUGGCAUGUGGGCCGCCUAUCGGAAAGUGGAACGUAAAGGAAGUCUUUAUAAGCUAAAGCGCAAGGACUUCCUCCGCAUAUUCCGUCUCCUCGCCGGAGGCCCUCUGGGUGAUUCCGGACCCCCACGCGCACAGGCGGAAAAGGCGUUGACGAUCCUUAAGCAGUUUCAAAAUGAUGCAUACCAUAUGCCGACUCAUGAAAUCUUAAAAUAUGUCAUGACUUCGUGUGCCCGGGCUGGAAUGGCAAAGGAGGUAGAUAGACUCGCUUCGAUGCUUGAUCAUUUGGCGGGCCGGGAUGUUUUGCACAAGCAACACGUUACUUCCUUAAUGGUUACAGCAAGCGCUGUUUCCGGCGAUCUUGUAUCCGCUGAGAAGAAAAUUAACGAUAUGGACCUGAAACGACUAUUACCGAUCGCUCACGCAGCGUUGGUUCAAGCCUAUGCGAAAGCGAAUGACGAAAUCAACAUGAUCAAGCACUUUAAUAUCCUAGGAGAGGACGUCAGAUACGGAUCCGAUGCUAGAAAUUGGGGAAUCGCGGCGAGCAGUGCUCUAUUCGAUUUUUACUUGCGGAAAGACGUUGGCAAACUUUCAAUCUUCCGUGCUCAAAUGGGUGCGAUUGAGAGACGGGGUAUGCUGACCUCGAAGGAAAUACUGGCAGGAGCGAUCAGGGUAUACUCAAAAUGGGGUCAAUUUGAGUAUGCAAAGGCACUGUGGCGGCUUGUGCCGCGUGUGUCCAUGACGGUAGAUAUUUGCAAGACAGGGUUGGAAAUGGCAGCAGCUGCACAUGACGCCCCUUUGGCAUGGGAAUGCUAUGAAGCCCUUGCUGUACUGAUUCCUCGCAUAGGGUCAGAUGACUGCGUCGCUAUCCUAAAAGCACACGGACUACAUUUGACUAUCAACAGUGUAGUGCAAGCCUUAGAAAAGAUACAAGUCCCCUUUGGGCAACGCCAUGCUGAAACCAUUCUUCAGGGAUGCUGUACACUCGGCGAUGCUAAGAGCGUUACGAUGGUGCUUGAUGAGAUAAAAGCAAGAGACUGGGCCACUGAAGCUACACGCAAGCUGGUCGAAGAAUUUCGGCCCAAGCCCGAACCUUUCGCAUUCUUGCGAGAACUUCCUGCAGACGGUGAGCUCUUUUAAAUAAUCAAGUUACAUUGAUUUCUCCAUACAAUGAUGAUAUUCAAGUCGCCAGUGCAGCCAUAGUGCUUGAUUAUUGGCCGCUGUCCUACACUUCGUCCCAUGGAUUCUCAAAUGUAUAUCAACCGGCUAUAUUUAUUACGUGCACUCGGGCCAAUGUCAAUUGAAUAUUUACAGAUGAUGUAUAUGAAUAAAUAAAAUACUACUUAUUACCCC